AUGGCACAAGAAAAUGACCUUGCGAAUGGAGAGAAGUCUGCAGGGCCUUCAACCUUCUCUCUUGACAAUAUCCUCGAUGGAGACGAUGAAAACGUAGACCUGCCACCUCUGAAAGACGCCCCAGAGGGUAGCGCAGACGAAGAGACGGCCGAGGGUGCAGCUGCACACGGCUUUUGUAUAGAAUGCGAAGACCAACCGGCCCAAGUACUCUGUGAAACGUGCGGAGAUGAGUACUGCGAAGUCUGCUUCACUGCGCAGCAUCGAAAAGGCACGCGCAAGAGGCAUGCUACGCGACCUUUGUCCGGGCGCAAUAAACGGGCAAAGCUUCAGAAUGGGACUGCUACUAGUGCACCUGCCACAAAUGUCACGAAAAAUGGCGGGGCAGAGUCUAUGCAGGUCGACGAAGAUUCCGACGAGGAGCUGGAGAAUGCAGUGGGGAAUACUCCGUCGGCCAAGGCAUCCUCCGCCGAGAACGAGUCGACAGUGGGCGAGUGGUUCGUUGACCGCUCCAAAUUCAUCCCACUCCGCCUGUCGCUAAGAGAGCGCAAGUACCUGCGUUUACUCGAGGCCGCUCUGAACGUGUCAGAAUAUACGGACAAGAUCGACACAUUAGGCUUUGGGCUGAGCAAAACGAAACGGAUCGUACAUCAAAUCCGCGAGCUCUGUGCCAUCAUGUCUGGCCUUGUCAUGUCUGCGGACUACAAGCAGGGUCAGGAGCUGUUCGCUGACCGUGACUUUGCCGCGAACGAGGAGUUCUUCCAACAAAUCUUCGAGCUCGGUCGGCGCCACAAGAUCAUGAGCCCCGACAAGAUGCGGGCAACGUAUGGCAAACUCAUGUAUUUGCUGCAGGACAGUCAAAGUCCUGAAGUCAAGGAUAUGCUCAACUUCACGUGCGUGAAGCCCAUCGAGACCGUCUACUCGAUAUUGGAAGAGUGCGACGCACUCGAUCUCCUGCGCGACGAUCUUGUCUCUGUCGCCACGAAGGAGAUUUAUGCGGAAGGACGCUCGCGACGAGAAAUACAAAAGGACAUCAAGUCUAAGGAGCGCGCGAUCGAAGAGCUCGCAGCGCGUCACGAGCGACGAAAUCUGAGCCAAGAGCAGAUCCGCCAAUGCUUGUAUAGCAUUGGUGAUAACCAUGCAUUCUUGCGCGUGAACCGCGAUCCAUGUGACAAGAUGAUCGCCAACCUCAAGAAGUACUUCCACCCAACGGAUGCGAAGGAUAGCAAAAGCAGCCUUGCGAUCAAGAGUGGCAAGGGCGGCGCGCGUCUCACGCACGAUCAUUCGAAGCAGUACGCAUACGUUAUCCAGAGUUUGACCCUCUGGCGAGAGGUCUUGCAUGAUAUGUUCCAUCUGUGGUCCUUGGCCGAGCAGGACCUUCUAUCGGAGAACGUCCCGUAUCGUUUGCGAGACACUGGACAGGGCUUGAACCGCGUGCAAGCUGCUCCAAAGACAGCGCGCAUGAUGCAAGUCAUCCUGAAUCGCGCUCAGAGAAGCGUUGGUUCUUGGGUAGGCUCGUCUGUCAUCCAUAUGGGCGAUCACAAUGUCCCGAAUUCGCUCAUGUUUAUCGACAAGUACUCGCAGAUCUAUCGUAUCCUCCUGCCAAUCUGCAACACGCUGUCGCAGAUCCCAAAGCUCGCCGAGAAUCCCGCGCUGCGCUCAUAUAUUGAGGACGACUUCGGCAGCGUCGAAUCAUGUUGUCGCGAGAUCCUGCAGGAUUUCUUCCGCCAUGGGUUCGAUGGGUCUGGGGCAGGCAAUUACUUUGAUGCCGGCUCGUGCAUCGACGGUCGAUUGACAAGUGCAUGGAAUUGGUGCUCGUCGCUGGAGAAGAAGCGGUUCUUCCCGGUCUUUUUGUUGACAGGUUUCAUCGGUUUUGAUGGCGAAUGGUAG